UGACAGAUUUGUGAAAUUUGUUUGGCGUUAAAAAUAUUUUUACAAACAAAUCGUAAUUUAUUUUAGCAAUCUAAGAUGUUUGUGAAGUAAAUCUUUUAAUAAAAGACCUACUGGAACUCAUAAAUACUUUAAAGAAGUAUUUCGAUCGCAGGUCCUUUGAAUACAUUUUAAUUUGGUUACCGAUAAGCUGUGCAGUGUUGUUUUAUUUUAUUUUUCUUUUGUUGUUUACGUUGAAGAAGAUUUGUUGAUAUGGCAGAAAAUGACGAUUAUUUAGACUCGAUCGACAAUAAUCAUACAGACGAAACUAACGGCUCGCUAAACAUGACCGAUAAUAGCUUGGGCGGCAAUGAGGCUUCUGGCAUGGAGUUGCCGGAGCUAGCCGCAAUCAAGGCCAGAGUAAGAGAGAUGGAGGAGGAAGCUGAAAAGCUGAAACAGAUGCAUACUGAAGUGGACAAGCAAAUGAGCUUAGGAAGCCCCCCUGGACUGACAAGUCCACUCAACAUGUCAUUGGAGGAGAAAAUAGAAGUGGACAACAGAUCAGUUUAUGUUGGCAAUGUGGACUAUGGAGCAUCUGCCGAGGAAUUAGAACAACACUUCCAUGGAUGUGGAUCUAUUAAUAGGGUAACAAUCUUAUGCAAUAAGUUUGAUGGGCAUCCCAAAGGGUUUGCUUAUGUGGAGUUUGGUGACAAGGACAGUGUACAGACCGCUAUGGCUAUGGACGAAUCAUUGUUCAGAGGACGUCAGAUAAAGGUGAUGCCGAAGCGUACGAACAAGCCGGGGCUGUCCACCACGAACCGGCCGCCGCGGGGCAUGCGUGGCCGCGGGCGGGCGCCGCGCGGCGGCUACGCUGGCUACUUCUCGGGCUACGGGCCCAUGCGCCGCGGCAGAGGGUUCAGGCGCGGCUCGUAUUACUCUCCUUACUGAGUGCGGUAGAGGGGGCGGCACCCCCGCUCUCGCCUUGAGUGAAGUGCGUAGUUAAGUUAGUGCGAACUAGGAUAAGUGUGACUCCAGUGGAUGUUCGGUAAAGUAUUCGGGUCGUCAUGAA